AUGUCGUCACCGGUAAACACUGGAGUUUUCCAAACUCUCGAGACCGUCAAGAACCAAGUUAUCAUUCGCGACAGUAUAUAUGGCGAGCAUAUAAUUACCGAGCCCGUACUCAUCGAUCUUCUCCAAAGCCCAGAACUAUUUCGUCUCAAAGGCGUCUGUCAACAUGGAGUGACCGCCCUUCUCGGCUUCGGUCCCAAAGUCACACGUUUCGAACACUCAGUCGGUGCAUUCCUGCUGGUCCGCAAAAUCGGAGCCACCGUGAAGGAGCAAAUCGCCGCUCUACUUCAUGAUAUCAGUCAUACCAGCCUGAGCCAUGUUGUCGAUUUCGCACUGUCCAAACCUGGAGAGGGCAGCUACCACGAGGUCCACAAGCACCGCUACUUGCAAAGAACCAACUUAGCUCAGAUUCUCACUCAGUACGAUGCCGGAUACGUGGAAGCGUUCGACGAGGAUUUAUUCCCACUGGUAGAAAAGUCGGCUCCACAGCUUUGUGCCGACCGACUUGACUACUCGCUCCGUGACGCAGUAGCAUUCAAGAAACUCAGUCUCAAGGAUGCGCAGAAACUCUAUCAAAUAUUGAAGGCACAUCCAUCUGCUACUUCGCCCAACCGUCUCCUUGUUCUCGAUGACCCCCAGCUCGCGUUGUCUCUUGCUCGGGCAUACUUGGCAACGGACCGAGAUGUCUGGUCAAACCGUGCCCAUGCCGACAUUUAUAAGAGAACGGGUCGUAUUAUCCGUGAAUUGGCAGACUCUGGACAUGUGAAUGAUGAUGCGCUCUGGAGUAUGUCAGAUGAUGAGUUCUGGUCGUUACUUCGCCAGGGUGCGACUCCGGAGAUUCUUUGUGAAAUGGAUAAGCUUGAAACAGAAGGUCUUCCUAAUGAGGAGAAUUUACUUCUUCCGGCAGCCGCUAAGAUCCGGACGAUCGAUCCCGAUGUUUGUCAGCGAUUGGAGCAGGAGCCUUUGCCAUUGUCGGUUUUGCUUCCGGAAUGGGGUGUGGAGCGGCAAGAAUAUAUUCGCAGUCGUGAAUUAACGCGGGAAUGCCGCUCAUGCUGUAACAGACAAUAA